UGUGUAUUCGUUCUGUCGUCACAACCGCUGUGAAUGGUGGACAACAUAAACGUAACAGACUGUCACCACGGUUAACGGAGAUAAUUCCUGUGUGAGGAUGUAUCGGUAUACUGAGGGAUCAUUCACCGUGACACCCCAACCGUCAUUUAGGGCGGGACGAGACACACCUGUAUGACGUUGACAGGUACAAAUUUCCUUAUCGGACCGAUAUUCUAGGACUAUCAUCGAUGACGAAGAGAAAUAUCAAAGGAUGACUGUGUUUUCCUAACUUACCUGGAAAUACCCGGACUUCCUUUGGAAACCGGAUACAAGCACUUUAUGGUCAAAGCUUAAGGCUUUUAUAUGUAAGCAGAUAUCAUUCUUCGUUGAAAUGUGUGGAAGCAACAUUUCCAAGACUACAGUUUAACCGAGAUUCGGAUUAUGGAAGGGGGGAAUCCCCCCGAGGGUACGGCCCCGGAGCCCGGGGGUCAGGCUGGGGAACUACCCCCCGAGGAACAAGAGAAACUUCAAAGAGUGCUGUCAGGAUGUCUUGGAAAUCUACCGGCUCUAAGUUCAAAAAUUGUUCGUAUAUUUACCAGUUCUACGUUCACAGACACAACAAUUGAGAGAAAUGCGCUCAUGGAAAAUGUUUACCCGAAGUUAAAGGAAUAUCUUCGAGAAAGAUAUGGUUUGGAAUUCCAGGUCGUGGACAUGAGAUGGGGAGUUCGAGACGAGGCUACAGACGAUCACAUGACCACCCAAUUAUGUAUGCAGGAAAUUGACAACUGCCAACGUCUUUCUAUUGGUCCAAACUUUGUGGUCUUCCUGGGUCAGAAGUACGGGUACCGACCAUUGCCGACAUUCAUUGUAGCCACGGAGUUCGAAAUGAUUCGGGAAUGUGUUAAGUCCGUAAAGGACGAGAUUGAUGUCCUUGACAAGUGGUACAUGAAGGACGAAAACACUGUGCCAGCCGUCUAUGUCUUACAGCCAAUCAGCUCCAUACUUACAAACUUCAACAAUAAGAGGCAUCAGCGGCUACAAGAACUUGACCAAAAUACCUGGUGGGAGACGUUCCUAAAGCUACAACGGAUAAUGAGAAAGGCCGCUCAAGUACUUUUUAUAACGAAAAAGCUUGACCGAGAACAGAUGCAUAACUACUUCAUGUCGGUGACGGAGAGGGAAGUUGAACGCGGUAUCCUGAAGGCAAAUAACGUGCAGGAUCAUUGCCUCGCAUACGUCAGAGAAAUCGCAAACAUUAAUCCAACAAUGUAUCGUUUUGCCUACAAAUUCGUGGACUUUGCUGCUCGAAACAUUGACGGGGAGGCGCAGAAGCUCCUUCAAGUUCUUCGUGACGAAAAACUGACAAAGAAAAUGCCAGAAAGCAAUUUAGUUCGUUUCAAAGUAGAAUGGGGUAGAGAAGGAAUUGACAAAGACACACAAGAAUAUUUAGAAAACUUUACAAAUCACUUCCAUACUUCUAUCGCCAUGCUUGUGGACAAUGCUAUGGCAAAACAUGAAAGGUUAUCUAGUGAUCCAGUUUUCACGGAAGCCCUACAGCAUCUGCACGCAUGUACAAAAUAUUGCAAAGUAUUCCAAGGACGUGGGGACAUUGUAAAGAAAAUAGAGGAGCACAUUGUGGGUCCUUCUAACAGACCGUUCGUUCUCCAUGGAGAAAGUGGAUGUGGGAAAACAUCUUUGACAGCCAAAGGUGCAAGUCAGAUAAAGUCAUGGUUUCCUGAAGACAGAGAGCCGAUGCUAGUCAUUAGAUUCCUUGGUACGACGCCAAAUAGUUCCAGUAUCAUUCCCCUGCUAACCAGUCUGUGUAAACAGAUAUGUGUGCUGUAUGGCUCGCAAAUGGAAGAGAUCCCAGACGAACUGGCACCGCUGAUACAUCACUUCAAGACACUACUGAACCUGGCAACAGAGGAGAAACCUUUAGUAGUGAUCCUGGAUUCACUUGAUCAAUUAUCGGGUUCGGAUGGUGCACAUCAACUCGCAUGGCUUCCAGCUCAGCUACCACCUAAUGUCAAGAUGAUUCUGUCGACUUUGCCUCGGUUAUACGGCAUACUGGAUACUAUCCGCAUUAUGAUUGAACCAGAAGAGAACUAUGUCGCAGUGCUUCCCUUGGGAGAAAACUUAAGUGGUACAAUUUUGAAGUUCUGGUUGAAGAAUGCAAAUAAAGCAAUCACUGAUGCACAAUGGGACUUGGUCAAUGAGGCAUUCACAAAGUGCAAUCUUCCACUCUUCGUAAAACUUGUGUUUGAUCAAAUCUGCACGUGGAAAUCAUACACAAAACCGAGUACCACCAUUCUUCAGUUCACGAUACACGACAGUAUUAUGAAACUAUAUGAAAGAAUUGAGAUUCAGCACGGGAAAACAUUAGUCGCACACGCAUUUGGAUACAUUACUGCUGCUAAAAGUGGCGUGUCAGAAUCUGAAUUAGAAGAUCUGCUUUCCCUGGAUGAAAAGGUUCUAAAUGAUGUGUACCAGUACCAUCUUCCGCCUGUACGAAGGAUUCCUCCUUUGUUGUGGACGAGAAUUCGGAGUGAUCUUCCAGGCUAUCUCAGCGAGAGGGAGGCUGAUGGAGUCAACGUCGUCGGUUGGUACCAUCGACAGUUUAUCGAGGCGGCAAAGGAGAGGUAUUUUAGGAACCUCAAUUUUGUGAGUACCGUUCAUGCAAACCUUUCCGAGUACUUUCUUGGAAUUUGGGGUGGCGGAGUCCCAAAACCAUUUGAAUACACAGAGGGCCAACGUCGUAUGUUUAAACUUGACGAAAUGAAAGGAGAAAGCGACAGAAAGGUGCCUAUUCAGCGACUAGUGUUCUCGUCAGAUGGUACUGUCACACGCUUCAAUCUUAGAAAGCUAAGUGAGCUACCGUACCACUUGGUACGAUCACACCAGUACGAAGAUCUCUACGCAACUGUUCUGUUUAACUACAAGUGGCUCCAUGCAAAGCUGAGUUCAAUGCCUUUGCAAUCCGUCCUGGCUGAUUUCGAAGAUCUCUUGGAACAUGUCUACCAGAAAGAUGUUAAACUUAUUGCAGACGCAAUUCGUCUUUCCAGUUCCAUUCUCAGUCAUUACCCAGAUAUGCUUGGGCCUCAGAUCAUCGGACGCUUGCUUCCAUAUUACCAACAAAACACAAACAUAAGAAGUCUGAUUCAGCAGUGUGAUAGUGAUGGCUUAGAGGACUGUGCCUUAGUUCCAGCGCAUCAUUGUCUUCACACACCUGGUGGGCCCCUGCAAUACUCAUUAGAGGGACAUCCAUUUGCCCCUUUCGGUAUUGGUACGACCUCAAACGGCCGUUACCUUGUAUCAGUGUCUAACAAAUUCAUCAUAUGGGAUCUUUCAAAUGGAGAAGUAUUCAGAAAUGUCGUGCCGGGAAUAAACGGCAUAAUGUCAAAUCUUUCCAUUUGUGAAAAUGACAAAUACGCCGCCAGCUUCACAAACAACAAUCAGGUCGUGAUAUGUACAAUUAUGACUGGUGAUUAUAGAAUCAUCACACCCGUUAUGAAUGGGAAAACAGCCUCAAUUAUUGGAACAUUUAUAUCCAAUUCUCACGUGGCCAUCUGGACCAGUCAGGAAUGGUACUUAUACAGUACCAAUGGAGAGCUAAUAUCGAAACAUGAUACCCCUCUCAAGAUGCCUCUACUGGCUGUAGAUCUCGGCAAUGAUGAUAAAACGUACCUGAUAUGCAAGUCCGGUACGGAAAAUGAUACUGAAAUGGCGCUGGAGGUACAGGAUCAGUCAAUCGAGCCGUUUGAAUUCCACAGUGGCAUUGCUGUGAACAAGGAAAAGAAUAUCCUUUAUACGUGCAUAGAAAUCAGUGACAAUGCUGUGGCAGUAUACAAACGCGAAGAUAGUGUUUGGCGGUAUGACCGCACUCUGGGAGACAAUUUCGACAUCGUGUUUGCGUUGACUCUUUCUGAAGAUGAAAACUACCUGGUUGCAACAAUUGCGCUGGGUUACAAGCUCUGGAACCUAAAGACAGAUGCACUUGUGCAACUCAAGUUACCACCGGGAACUCGAAAUAUUCCCACUAAAAACCAACUCAGUACUUUGGUAGUGUUCACUAAACACAACCAUUUCGUCGUGGCUGGUGUGAGAAAAAACAUGUAUGUGUGGGACACGAAACAAGGCAAUAUGGUGAAGGUACUCGAUGCUCACUUUGGUAGAAUUAUAUCAUUGCGGGCGGUUAGCUCGGGCUGUAACAAAGUGAUUUCGUCUUCCAUAGACAAAACUAUCAAGGUUUGGAACUUUGAUAACAUUUUGGAAGAUGUUCACUCAAUUGACCGAAUGGAAAAGCCGAUUGAAACUAUCGAUCUUGCAUCAGAAACGCAUUAUGGUGUUACAACGAGUAGAAACUGCAUUGGUGUGUGGAAUCUCGGUACCGGUAAACUUGAACUGUCUCUUGAGACAAAAUCGGUCGUGUCACUGGCUGUCAUAACGAAAGAUGGAAAGUACGUGGCAGCUGCAGAAUCAGGAAAGCUUCUUAUCUGGGAAGUGUCACAAGAAACGGCGUCGAAAGUGAUUCAACACAAAGACAUUCAACAACUUUUAUUGAAUGAAAGCGACACGCGAGUGAUAGCGCUUGCGAAGGAAGGGUUCAACAAGGGAAAGGUAAUAACAUAUACCUUCCCUGAAGGAGAGCCAGUCUAUACAUUUGAGUACAAUCUCAGAGUCAUGAAACCCGGAGUACUAACUAUAGACGGAUCGUUCUUUGCGGUACUUGCCACUGAUAAAACUGGUGACGUACUUGGUGUCUACCAUGCCAAGUCAGGAACGCAUUUGUACAACCUCGGACUCAAAUAUAACAACUAUAAACCAGUGCAAUCGAUGAGAGCAAUGAGACAUGACCCACACCAAAUUGUGCUUGUCGACGAAGAAAAGGGAAAUGUCAUCGAUCUCAAGAAAAAGACCGUCCCACGGUCGGUGAGUAGAUGGAAUGGUAUGGCUAUGAAAAAUGGAAAGUUUGGGUUGUACGCCCCGAACAGAGGGGGUCUACAACUGCUAGAACUGAAAACGGGGAAGACGGUUAGAACAUUUAUUCCGCGAGUGGCUGAAGGGGUGUUUAGCAUUGAUGUACUAUUUACGCAGAAUGACCGUCAUGUUGUGUAUUAUCACUCAGGACAUCGUACAAUUAGAGUCUUUCGUGUGUCUGAUGGCAAAAUGGUUGCCAAUUUCAAAGCGCAUGCGGAGGUUAAAGCCAUGGUGAGCACAGCGGAAGGCGAGACCGUUGUGAUCGGAGCUGUGGACGGGAGCUUCACAGUUCUAUCGAUAGCAGAUCCUGAAUAUGAGGAAAGUGUUGAAUUUCUACAGUGUCUGCCGAGUAGGAACUUACAAACGAACUCUCCAAACGGGUAUCGAACAAUGAAUGGAGACGUUGUGCAAGGAAAGAACAGUAUGGGCACUGCCCUACAGGUAGCUAGGUUUGUUGCAAAAGCCAGACAGGCACAAAAGUCAAGAGCAUGCGUGAUAUCGUGAAUAGUAACAUGGCGAAUCUUAUUCUGAACUUCAGUGGGAAAUCUAUAGAUGCCGGCGUGAUACAGUGGACUGAAAACGGUUGGCAGAAUGAAGUUUUGGCAUGUAUUUUGCAAUCUCAUCGUGUAUGCAAUUCCGACCCAGGAUAAUCUUCUUUCUGCUUGAGUUGCGAGGCAUUUAGAAUGCCGUCCCCGUGUAGACUUCUCACUACAGACUAUGCUUUAAAGCAUUAGUGUUAUUUCUUCUCGGAACUUCAAGACAUCAUUUAAAAUAGCUUUAUCGAAAUUCAUCAGACUGGUUUCGAUGGCUGACAAUGAUGGCUGCAUUCGCACGAAUACAGGCAUGAAUGAACUGUGUAUUAAUUUAUACUAUUUAACGUUGCCAAACAGAAGCAUGACGCCUGUCAUGGCGUGCCCUUCGUUGCAGCUGAGAGAUUGUUGCUAUCAUAUAAAGUGUAUGUACAGUUGAACGGUAGUCAGAUAAAACAAUUAACAUGUGGAGAUCGUGUAAAAUGAUGUUAGAUAUUCGGGAUGUAGCUGAUCAUGUGCACCUGACAAAGAUAUUGAUAAGAACAGAGAAAGGUCGAUCAUCAACCACAGUGAUUCUAGUCGUAUUAUAUCAGAUCGAAAUCAAACCGGAAACUUGCAUUGCGCAUACAAUGUAUGUGGUGUUCGACACGCAUGUUUCCGCUUUUGUCUGGAUAGAGCUCCUCAACAGCGCAUGCGCGUGCUUCAUCAUUUGAAAACACGACAUUUACUGGUUGUUACUUGUACGCAUGUGUAAUCGCCUUAGACGGAACAGCCUUUAAAUGGUUGAUGAUCGAGCUCGCUCUGUACGUGUAAUUAUAUAUAUCGGAGGCGAGCUUUAUAUUUGCUGUGUAAGAUGUAAAAGUUUAUAGUACGUCCAAGUAUUACGCCAUAGAUAUAUGAAAAUACGAUGCUGGUACAGAAUCAUAAAGUUUUAGGAGGUUGUGGUGCAUUGGUGCCAAUCAGUAUGUCAUUCGACAUUCAGUAUAAAACUUUAUAACAUGUACAGUAGUACUCUUAGUGAUGUCAUAAGGAAAAUAUAAUGAAAUAGCCGCAUUUGUUAAAAACUAACUGAUGUUAUUCUUCAGCCUAAAUUUCACAACAUAUACCAUUUAACAUGCUUUUGUUCAGAAUGUGAUAAAGUUACUUUUAAAUUAA